CUAUCUAAACGUGAAUACUUAACCAGUCUGUUACCGUUUGCCGCUGGGAGAACAUUCUCUGCUUACCAAUGUUAUGUGCAAGUUGCGUGUGAUAACUGAAUAGUGCCAGUGAUAACAGACUCACCAUGGAACUGCAAAUCAAGGAGGAUAACAGUAAGAGAGGUACAAAUGGACCAAUAGAAUCAGCAGCCAGUGCACCAACACAAGAUCUGAUUCAGAAAGCGACAGGCUCUUUUGGCAAAUAUCAGUUAUGCCUUUGUUUGCUGAUAUUUUUAUCCAAAUUCCCGGUGGCAUUCCAUCAAAUGGCAAUUAUAUUCCUGUCACCAAAAGUAGAAUACACAUGUGGAAACUCCCUUAGCACUACAUGUCCGUGCCCGGAGCCGGUGUAUAAUACCUCAUUAUUUACCAAUACGAUUAUCAUGCAAUGGGAUUUAAUAUGCGACAAAAAAUGGCUGACUAGUUUUACACAAACGCUGUUCCAAUUGGGAACCUUACUCGGCAGUGUAUUGUUUGGAAUGGCUUCUGAUAGGUUUGGAAGAAAAAAGCCGCUUUUAGUGGCAGUGGUUUUACAAGUAUCGUCGGGAAUAACUGCAGCCUAUAUGCCCGAUUAUUGGACAUUCACAUUUAUACGCUUAUUAGUGGGGAUGUCUGUCGGUGGAACGAUGGUUAUCGGAUUCGUAAUAGUCAUGGAGUUCGUUGGCACCAAGUAUAGAGACAUUAUUUCAGCGUUGUACCAAACACCUUUUAACUUGGGACACAUGUUGUUACCAGUUUUUGGAUACUACUUCAGGGAUUAUUCGAAGUUUCAAUUAGCAAUAUCAUUGCCGACAAUAAUUCUAUUGUCGUAUAUCUUUUUGGUGCCAGAAACGGCCCGAUGGUUAAUUGCAGUAAAGAGAACAGAUGAGGCCGUCCAUGUUUUGGAAAGAGUAGCUAAAGUGAAUAAUCUUCCAACACAAAAUAUACGAAGAGAUGUCGAGUUAUAUCAAGAAUCUUUAGAGAAAAGUCAGCUUAAGAAAGGCAGUCUAUUGGAUCUUUUUAAAACGCCCAAUUUACGUAAAAAUAUUUGUGCGAUGUCAUUUAAUUGGUUAACAUGCAGUUAUUGUUUUUACGGUGUAUCCCAAUACGUAGGACAGUUAAGUGGAAACGUUUUUUUUAAUGUUGCAGCCAGUGCUAGCGUAACUUUACUUGGCACACUGCUGGCCAUUCCUCUGAUAAGAUUAAUUGGUAGAAAAACCAUUUUGAUAAUAUUUAAUUUCAUUUGUGCCUCAUGCUUGUUUAUAUUAGCGAUUAUUCCGGAAGGGCAUGGAGCUUCAGUUGUGUUUGCGAGUAUAGGUGUGGUAGCUAGUUUUAUUAACUUCGUAUUAGUAUAUUUGUAUUGUACAGAAUUAUUUCCGACUGUAGUGCGUAAUGCAGCUAUUGGUUUCUCGUCAAUGAUGGCGCGAGUGGGUUCCAUGUUGGCACCUUUUAUUAUAGAAUUGAAGGACGUAGCGGCAUGGAUGCCCCCAGUGGGAUUCGCCGUAUUCCCUCUAGUAGCUGCGUUUGUUUCGUUCCUACUUCCUGAAACUAAAGGAUGUGAGCUAAUGACUACAAUUGAAGAAGGGGAACAAUUCGGCAAGAAGAAAACUACAGCUGAUAAUAAAAACUAGUAAUAAUUAAUUAAUUAAAGUAAUUUUAACUACACGCACAUUUAGUAAAUGUAUUAUACUUUGUAAAUAUAAUUAAAUUCAAUGUAUUGUU